GUCAGUGCAGCACACACACCGCUCCAGCCGGGCUCACCACGGGGAGUUACAGCAGAGCUCUCUGUCCGGACGUGUUGGUCCCGGUGUGUCUUCCCCUGCCGUGAGAAACCCUGUAACAUCCGGCUGCCUUCCUGCUGCACUCGAGACAAAGCCAUGACCGCCUUCAAGGGCAUCUGGACGCAGGAGUUCUGGCGCUGCGUCGGGGCCGAGUUCCUCGCCACGCUCCUCUUCGUGCUGCUCAGCGUCGGCUCCACCGUCGACUGGGGGGCCGUCCAGCAGCAGCCCGGCCCCCCCGACCCCCCCGACCCGGUGCUCAUCUCGCUGUGCUUCGGCCUGAGCAUCGCCACGCUGGUGCAGUGCUUCGGCCACGUCAGCGGAGCACACAUCAACCCGGCGGUCACGGCGGCCAUGGUGGUGACCAGGAAGCUGACUCUGGCCAAGGCUGUCUUCUACCUGCUGGCCCAGUGCCUGGGGGCCGUGGUGGGGGCCGCCAUCCUCUACGGGGUCACCCCGGCCCUUGUUCGGGGGGGCAUGGGGGUCAACACGGUGAACGCCGGCAUCUCCGUGGGCCACGCCCUGGUUGUCGAGCUCUUCAUCACCUUCCAGCUCGUCUUCACCGUUUUCGCCACGUGUGACGCCAAACGCAGCGACCUGAGUGGCUCGUCUGCCCUGGCGAUCGGCCUGUCUGUGUGCAUCGGCCACAUGUUUGCUAUUCCCUACACCGGAGCCAGUAUGAACCCAGCCCGCUCCUUCGGCCCGGCCAUGGUCACCUGGAACUGGGAAAACCACUGGGUGUACUGGGUGGGCCCGGUGCUGGGUGGGACCGUGGCUGCUGCCCUGUACGAGUACCUGUUCUGUCCCGACCCGGAGCUGAAGAAGCGCUACUCUGAAGCCUUUUCCAAGACGCCGUUCACGUCCGCCACCAAGUACCGCGAGGUGCAGGCCGCCGCCAAAGAGCCGCUCUUCACCGUCAUGGACGUGGAGCGAGCCGAGAGGAAGGAGAGGGAGCGGGAGAGAGAGAGAGAGAGGGAGAGGGAGAGAGAGAGGGAGGUCUCUGGGGAGGUGCUGUCCUCCGUAUGACUAGUGAGGAAUCACCAGGCCAGUGCGGGACGUCCCGCUCUGAAGGAGACCACCCUGCUGUAGAGCCCCAGCACACAACCAGCGACAGACUGCUUCCUCUGCAUCUCACCUGCAUUCACCUGUCAAAUAUGGACUUCAGGGGGAAAAUUAACCCGUUCACCGUCUGUGAAAGCUUGUGCAGGUUUCCGCCAUCAUUCUGACAAAUCUCAAUCAUGCACAGAUCCAAACUAAAUGCACCGAGAAUAAAAAAAAAAAUCAGGUCAUCUGGGCUGCUCCCGAGGCUGUAAUCUCAUUUUUUUUAAAUCCGUUCAGGAUGGAUCAAACAGCCAAUCACCUCCCAGAAGCGUCAUUAUCUCUGGCCAAUCAUGUCCAUCCAGCCGCUCUGAAAAGUUACCUGGACGAGCUUUUACUCUGAAGCCAAGCUGCUGUCGACUUAACUCUUUGAAACCCAGGAGCCCGUGGGUGGAAUUUUAUUUUGAAAGGUUUUUAUUCCACCUUGUCACAAGUUCACUUUUUUAAAAAUAUAUUUUUUCUGGAAUUUUUUUUUUGUAAUUUUCUUUAUUAGAAAAUAUAUAUUUUGUAUCUUUAGGAUUGCUUUGUGGUACUUUCAUGGACAUUUUCUGGUAAUUUAAUUUCAGAUAUAUAUUUGUAAUAAUUAGAAAUAGUUUUCUUGUUUUUCUCCUUUUUGUAGUUUUCUAGUAAUUCUGCAAAUCUUCUUGUAACCUUUAAUUAAUUUCUUACUAAUUUUCAGGUCAUUUAUCGAUAACUUGGUCACCUUUUUCCCCGUGUUCUUGAGAGAAAUCAAGCGAGUUUGUUCCGGUUUCAAACAGUUAAGCUGAAGCGAGUCGUGGUGCAUUCCCUUUUCUUUUUCACACAUCAUCAGACACACCUGAGAGAGCUGGUUUGUAUUUAUGACAUCUGUCUGAAUGUAAACAUGACAUGUGCGUUCCCGUUGUGCUCAUCAUGCAUUCCUCAGCUUUCUCAGCUCAUCUCUCCUCAAACUGUGAGGCAUUUACUUUAGUGUUCAGAGGCAUUACAGGACAAGCUUUAAAAGGCUAAACAUACUUUUUUAAAAUCUUCUAGUUUAUAGUUUAACCGUCAUAAACCAUCAGAUGUUGUUUCAAAAGCUCAGACGGAAAAUUGUAGAGAAAAGAGAUGAGUUCAGUUUAACAGAUAGGGGUGUAAACAGAGCCGGUAGUGGGAUCACUGGGCUCUAACAUGACAAGAACAGGUAUGAUCCUGUUGGCACACACAUGAAUGAAUGAAUGAAUGAAUGAAUGAAUGCUCUGCUGUGGGGCCUUAAAACUGUGCUUUGAGUGUCCACAUGGUGGUGAAAUAUCCUCUUUUCCUCCUGUAGUCACAGUCAUUAGUGAAAGCACCAUCAGGUCGCUUCUUCCUGGCGCAGGGAUACUAUAUGCAAGUUUCCUGCAGAGGCGACCUGCCAGAUCUACUUUCCAAUUCAAACAGGCCAACAAAAAGAAAAAGAGCCGUUUCAUUUCUUUGAUUUUGACAUGAAAACAGCACAGAAAUGAACCACGUCAGCUGUGUUGAGAUGAGAAAGUUCUGCGUCCCCCGAGGUCCCCCUGUUGGUUUUACCUCGCACAUUCUGUAAAAAGGGAAAUAGAGCCUCAACAUCUGUGAUUUGUUUAACUUCUGUAUCCGUGGAAAAUAUUCUCAGAUAUUUUACAGGCGCUGACAAUCACAUUUUUAUUCCAAAAUUUCCAAAUUUUUAAACUUAAAAUGACUUCAGAUAAAAUAACUAGGUUGGUUUAGGCGACUUAUUACAGUAACACUCUCGGUGAAGUACAUCAAGUGUUUAUAGGACAUAAAUCUAAGUAUUAAUACACCUAUAAUGUCUAAUAACAGUAUUUUUAACAUCUGUAGUGAUUUAUAAAUGUUAAAAAGCACAUUUAUAAGUGUUGCCAUUAUUAUGAUUUCAUGCACAUAGUGAAUAAUCUGUCAUUUGCAGGCAACCCAGUGCUUUUUGCUUUGUGCAGACUAUAUGUUACUAAUUGCUGACGCUGAAACAGAGGCGAGUCUUGUGUUACUAUUAAAUUCAUUGCCCGUUAUCUUCCUCAGUGGUUUAAUUUUUUUUUUUUGCUUAUGCACCACCGUGGCUUCAGGCUUUUUUUUUGCAAGAAACAGUUCUGAGCCUGAAAAGUUGUCCGGGGGGGGGGGGAAUAUCUACAUUCUGUUCAAUUGAGCAUUUUAUGAAUGUGAGACGGCAGUGAGCCUGAAGUGAGAACGGAGAGCUGAAAGCCCUGUGGCGCGAGAACAGCAGCGACAACAAGCAGGUAAAUUCUCGCUCCAGCUGUGAAGUCAGAAUGUUUGUUUUUAUUUUUUCAUUUUUUUUUUUUACAUGCUAAGAAGUUAAAUUUCCUGUUAAAAUCCUAAAUCCUAAAUGGGAAAAGCCGCUUUGAAGAUAUUGUCUACUGUGUCUACUGUGAUCCUUUUCCCCUCUUACCUGCACAAAUACAGCUGUCAGGCUCCUGGGGUCACAAACUGAAUGUCUGGGGGAAAAAAAAAA